AUGGAGUUUCGAGGUAUCUUGUCAUCGACACUGCCAUACAAGAGGACUCCCUCGGCCUGGCUCAAGACCGCCGCCCCCGAUGUGGAUGAUAUGAUUAUGAAGGCUGCAAAGAAGGGUCAGAUGCCAUCGCAUACCGGUGUCCUACUUCGUGACCAACACGGUAUCCCACUCGUCAAGAGCAUUACUGGUAGCAAGAUCCUCCGCAUCCUCAAGGCACAUGGGCUGGCGCUGGAGAUCCCAGAGGACUUGCCCUUCCUGAUCAAGAAGGUGGUGGCGAUAAGGAAGCAUCUGGAGAGGAUCAGGAAGGACAAUGACACCAAAUUUAGGCUCAUUCUUGUUGAGAGCAAGAUCCACCGGCUUGCCUGCUACUACAAGCACACCAAGAAGCUCCCGCCCACGUAG